CCGACAAGUCCUUGUGUGCGGCGCGAGAGGGAAAUUCUGUCACUAGUAUCUUUUUUGUUUCAGACUGAUUUUACAGUUCUACUCCUCAAAAUGUCAGACAGUGAAGAAUCGCAGGGCGCACCAGCCCCACCUCUUCCUUUUGGCCAACCGCCUCCUUUCAAGUUGAAAAGUCCACCAAAGGGCAAUGACACUGGAGAGACGAAAGCAGAAUAUGAUGCCAAAAUGGCCAAGGACCGUGCCACCAGGUUUGGAUUCCUUCUCCAGCAGACAGAGAUCUUCACUCAUUUCAUGAGUACUACUAGCAGUGUGAAGUCUCCAACAAGCCCACUCAAACUGAAACCUGGGAGACCUCGCACCAAGAAAGAUGAAAAAGCCAAACUCUCCUCAGUUGGAGACCACCGCCACCGUAUGACUGAGCAGGAAGAAGAUGAGGAGCUGUUGAUGGAGUCUCGCAAGGCUACCAGCGUUAUUACUCAGUUUGAGAAGUCGCCAUCAUACAUCAAGAAUGGAGAGAUGCGUGAUUACCAGAUCCGAGGCCUCAACUGGAUGAUUUCCCUUUAUGAACAUGGCAUUAAUGGCAUAUUGGCAGAUGAAAUGGGUCUUGGUAAGACUCUUCAGACCAUCUCUCUCCUGGGUUACAUGAAGCAUUACCGUAACAUCCCCAGCCCUCAUCUGAUCAUCUGUCCCAAGUCCACAUUAGCCAAUUGGAUGGCAGAGAUAGAACGCUGGUGUCCAUCACUACGAGGGGUGUGCCUCAUAGGAGAUCAGAAUACGAGGGCAGCAAUUAUACGAGAUGUCAUGAUGCCAGGAGAGUGGGAUGUUUGCAUCACUUCCUAUGAGAUGGCAAUCAGGGAGAAAUCUGUCUUUAAGAAGUUCAACUGGCGUUAUUUAGUCAUUGAUGAGGCGCACCGCAUCAAGAAUGAAAAGUCAAAGCUUUCAGAGAUUGUGCGUGAGUUCAAGACAACAAACCGUCUGCUACUGACUGGUACCCCGCUUCAGAACAACCUGCAUGAGUUGUGGUCACUUUUGAACUUUCUACUCCCUGAUGUCUUCAAUUCUUCGGAGGACUUUGAUGCCUGGUUCUCAACAGAGGGUUGUCUGGAUACUGACAAUACCCAUUUGGUGUCUCGCUUACAUGCGGUUCUGCGGCCAUUUUUGUUGAGACGUCUGAAGUCAGAUGUAGAGAGAGGCCUACUACCCAAGAAAGAAACCAAGAUCUAUGUCGGUCUGAGCAAGAUGCAGCGAGAAUGGUACACGAAAAUUCUAAUGAAGGAUAUUGAUGUUGUCAACGGGGCAGGCAAGAUAGAGAAAGUUCGUUUAAUGAAUAUUCUGAUGCACCUGCGUAAAUGCUGCAACCACCCUUACCUGUUUGAUGGUGCUGAACCUGGCCCUCCAUUCACCACUGAUAAGCAUCUGGUAGACAAUGCAGGCAAACUGGUGGUCCUUGACAAACUCCUGGGUAAACUUAAAGAAGAUGGCUCGCGAGUCCUCAUCUUCAGCCAAAUGACUCGUGUCUUGGACAUCUUGGAGGAUUAUUGCACCUGGCGAGGUCACAGUUACUGCCGAUUGGAUGGACAAACCCCCCACGAGGACAGACAGAGGAGCAUUAAUAAUUUCAACAUGCCGGGUAGUGACAAAUUUGUCUUCAUGCUAAGCACAAGGGCCGGUGGUCUGGGUAUCAACUUAGCUACUGCUGACAUAGUUGUCCUGUAUGACAGUGAUUGGAAUCCUCAGGUGGAUCUUCAGGCUAUGGAUCGCGCUCAUCGUAUUGGACAGAAAAAGCAGGUCCGUGUCUUCCGUUUAAUCACUGAGAACACCGUGGAGGAGCGCAUUGUGGAGAGGGCUGAGAUGAAAUUACGACUUGACAAUAUUGUCAUUCAGGCAGGUCGUCUGGUGGAUCAGAACGUGAAGGUAAAUAAGGAUGAAGCUCUUGCUAUGAUCCGAUAUGGAGCUAACUUCAUCUUCUCCUCCAAGGAUUCUACUGUCACAGAUGAGGAUAUUGAUGGCAUCUUGGAGAGAGGUGCUAAAAAGACAGAAGAGAUGAAGAAGAAAUUGGAGAAGUUGGGCGAGUCAGCUUUGGGCAACUUUACCCUGGACACCAACGAAAGCAUCUACUCCUUUGAGGGUCAAGACUUCCGAGAGAAACAGAAAAACACGAGCAUCAACUGGAUUGAGCCACCAAAGAGAGAACGCAAGGCAAACUACGCUGUAGAUGCAUACUUCAGGGAAGCACUGAGAGUCAGUGAGCCCAAAGCACCAAAGGCACCAAGGCCUCCUAAACAGCCCAAUGUCCAAGAUUUUCAAUUCUUCCCUCCGAGGCUCUUUGAACUUCUGGACAAGGAGAUUUAUUCAUACAGGAAGAUGAUUGGCUAUAAGGUGCCCCUGAACCCUGAGGUUCCCCAUCCAGCACAGGCUCGUAAGGAGGAACAGAGGAAGAUUGAUGAGGCCGAGCCAUUGAAUGAAGAGGAAAUGCAAGAGAAGGAAGAUUUGCUCACUCAGGGUUUCACCAAUUGGUCCAAGCGUGACUUCAACCAGUUCAUUAAAGCCUGUGAGAAGUAUGGACGAGAUGAUGUGGACAACAUCUCCAGGGAUGUAGAGGGGAAGACACCUGAAGAGGUGCAAGAAUACAUGGCUGUGUUCUGGGAUCGUUGUCAUGAGCUGACAGAUAUUGAAAAGAUUAUGGCACAGAUAGAACGAGGAGAAGCCAAGAUACAACGGAAGAUCAGCAUCAAGAAGGCCCUAGACUCCAAGAUGGCUAGGUACCGAGCUCCCUUCCACCAGUUGCGUCUCUCCUACGGUACCAAUAAAGGCAAGAACUGGACAGAGGAAGAAGAUCGCUUCUUGGUCUGCAUGUUGCACAAGCUGGGUUUUGACAAGGAGAAUGUCUACGAUGAGCUGCGGACAGCUGUCCGACAGGCACCCCAGUUCAGAUUUGAUUGGUUUCUGAAGUCACGAACAGCUAUGGAGCUGCAAAGACGCUGCAACACACUGAUCACAUUGAUUGAGCGUGAGAACCAAGAGUUGGAAGAGCGUGAGAAGGCCGAGAAAAAGAAACAGGUCAGGGCAAAAGGAGGCAUGCCAACACCAAAGGGGAAAGGAGAGAAGAGAAAGGCUGAAGCUGCUCCAGAUCCUCGCAACAAGUCCAAGAAGAAGAAGUAAGCAGAUUAAUUAGAUAAGAAUGAAGUACUCAGUUGAUAGGGCUUCACUUGUACCACGUAGUCAACUCUUGUUAAACCUUGGGUUUGCUUCAACCUGAUUUAUAUUUACCUGGGCUCCAAAUGGACCAUUACUGUGAAAAAACUUGGUGUUUGACAGAUCAAGUUGUCUUGAAUGGGUUCUAAGUCACUGAUCUGUUUCAGGUCUGGUUUGAACUGAUUCAAGUGAAUCAGAAUUUAAGGUAUAACCUGCUUAAACUUGCUGACACAUGAUUGGUGAUGUUCUAAGUGAUUCAAGAUGCUGAGAUCAUUUUGAACUGGUUCAAACCAAAUCAGUUUUGGUUGAGCCCUUUAAAAUGGCCACUUUUACAAGAAGGUAACUUGAGCACCAGCAGUUGUAAUAUUUGUGUGAACUGGAUGCUGCUGCUUUAUAGUGUUAAAUUUGGCUCAUAAUUGUUGUGGCAGAUCAGACCUAUUUAAAACUGGUGUAAGAAGACCUGCCUGUAGGAUUCAUUAGUUAGACAGACCUUUUAGUUUAAAUGGUGUGAAACUUGAGAAAUGUUAUGAUUGAUUGAACUUUUUAAGAUUGGAAGCUACAGUUAGUUUGUUACGUAAUGUGAUUUUAAAACAGAAUAAGUGUGUGUCAUAUCACUGAAAAAGGUCAGUCAACGGAUAAAUCAAAUUUCAAAACUGAUUGAUUUUACACUGGUGUUGCCAACAUACUGACUGUCUGUUAUGCUUUUAUUUCCUUUGUGUUCAAUCAUUGUUGCUAUGGAAGUGUGAGAUGCACAGUGGAUUCGAUUCCCCUGUGUUAUUUAUUGAGGAUAUUCACAGAACACUAAUAGGAAAAUGAUGACAUAUUUAAGCUGAAAGACCUAUUGUAUAUAAAACCUUAAAAAGGAUUUUCAUGAUACACCACUCCUUAUUUAGAGUAAAUCCUAGUUUCAUCAGUUCCUACCAGCUUUUUUAACAUUUAGUUCCCAGUUUUGAAGGUUUGUAAUUCCUAAAAUCACUUAGAAGAAGCAAUUAUGUCAAUCACCCACACUCCACACUGUUUUAGCCCCUCCCCAAUCCAACUCCCUCUGUCCCCCUUCUCAGUAUGUAAAUAAUACAUUGUUAUGUUCAGUAUCUACCCCCUCCCCCCCAAAAAAAAGUAACAGAAAGUUACAUAGGAAAGAUAAGAGUCUGUAAAAUGAAAAGCAGAGUGCUUUUUGUCAUUUGGAUCGUCUUACUGUUUUUUUUACGUCUUGUGGCAUGGUAUUCAAGGGACUUGUUCCUGAUUGAUCCCAGUUAUGAACAUGUAUUAGCAGUCCCUUGUAAAACAUCUAUUCAGAGAGGUUUCAUGUGGGAUUAAUAGUGUAAGCGCGAGUAAUUACCUGUUUAAAAAUGGCUCUUUUUCAUAUCUGGAUGCCCUAUAUAUUGUGUAUUGACUUUUGUAAGUUGUAGGCUUUAAUUUGCUCAUAAAAUAUUUAUUUUGCCCUUUUUGCUUGGCUUUUAGAGGUCAGCACAGUAUUGUCUGUCUUUCCUGGUUACGAAUGACAUGAAUGCAUUCCACAUAAUUUUUUUAUCUCAACAUAAGUUUUUGAAAGUGUUGUAAGAAGUUUAACUUUAAUAUUUCUACUUUCUCCUGAUUCAGAAAGUUUUUGAAAGCUUUCAGUUCUCAGAUAACCAGACUGAUACAAACAAAUUUACAGAAACGUAGUGAAUAUUUGCCUCUUUUCAUACUUUUCCCUGGUAAAUAUUAUGAAUGCAAGUAUACAUCAACAUGUCAGCUUGAUUAACAGUAACAUUUGUUUUGCUUAAGUCAUUGUAAAAUUUAAAAAUUGCUUAACAAUCACUGUUUGCUACUGAAAAACGCACUGUUUCCGCAUAGCUUCAAAAAUGCUUUUGUUACCUUGUCACAGUGUAUGUGUUACAAGUUGUGAUUUUUGCUUUGUGGAUUUAUUUAGCAAUUAUGUUAUUUGGCCUGCACUUACACCUUUGAAGGGCAUAACUUAAGUUGACUCUGUAUUUAUGCAUAAUUAUGUGCGUUUCAUAUCUAGUACUAGAAAUAAAAUACACGUUAACUGUAAA